AACAGGAGGUUGUGAAGCAAUCUUAUCAAAACAGUCAUAAGAAAAAAGGUGUUGAGAAAAUUGCCCAAGUGAUAAUUGACGGAAUUCAGGAUGAUGUAAAACAUCAAGAGCCAAUUUCCUCUGGUUGUUCACUCCGUGAACUAUUUCAUGAGAUUGAAAUUUCAGCGACGGCCCAGAGGUGGAAUAAUUCUGCAGAGCAAGACGAUUUUCCAACUCCUAAAAUUUCAGCCGAAAAUCUUGAGACUAGCGAAAAAUUCUUGCCUGAAGAAAAUUCAUCAUUAUCAGCCGAUUUGGAGGAUUAUAUAAAAACACUCACAGGGGAUUUUGACGAUGAGACUGCUUAUUGGGGUACACCAUAUGAGAACAAAGCUAGGGUAGAAAAAGAAGAG